CCUCGAGUCGGCACCAUGCCCGACACCCCAGAACCGCGCAGAUCUCAGCGGGAGAGGAAGCAGGCGACACAAUUCGUCUCAGUCAACAGCUCCCUUCUGAGCAAGCGCAAACGAUCCGACGCGACGGAUGACGAGAAAAACGACAAGCCUGACGCGCUGAGCGAGCUCUCUGACCCCGCGCCCACCGAGGAUGAGGCGGACGACGAGGACGGCACGCCAGAACCACCAGCCAAGACCCCUGCGAAGCGCAAGACGAAGGCAGCACCAGGACCCAAGAAACCGCGUGCACCCAAGGGGACCACUGCAAAGAAGACAACCGUAAAAGUUCCUCGGCCACCAAAGCUCAAGAAACCCACUGGACGCAGGGGCAAGCAACCCGCGGGCGCUGAUGUCGAGUUCGACGCGGAGCAGGUGGCGAAGACUAGCAAGAUUUCGGGCGACAACCCCUUGUUUAACGCCAUCAUGAAUCCCGCUGCAGCGUUACAAUCCACAGCGGAAGACUUCCUCGAGUCGCUCUCAAACACCCCUGGCAAGAGUUUGGCGGAGCUUAUCAAUUGCGUUCUGCGGUCCUGCGGUUGCAAUGACUCCGUCGAUGAGGAUAGGGCGGUCGACUACGACGGCGUGGUGGACGCCCUGGAUGAUUUUACGGAAAUUCUUAAGAAGGACGACACCCCAAUAUACCCCUUGACGUCGAAACUCCCCAUCUUCAAGAAAUUUCGCAAGUCGCUCUCGGAGUUCCUCGAACGCCUCAUCAUAUCCUCAGCCGAACUCGGCUCCCUCUACACCUCCGACCUGAUGCCCACUCUUCAAACCUGGGUCAUCGCCAUGUCAUCGUCACAACUACGCAGCUUUCGUCAUACGGCGACUGUUAUCGCGCUGGAAGUAGAGACCUCACUCUGUGACGUCGCCGCCUCAGUAGAAAAGGAAGCCGAAGUAGUCAGUAGGCAGCGCGAAGGAGAGCGAAAGCGGAAGGCCGCGGGCAAUAAAGGAAAAGCGGGCAAUGCCCGCGAUGCCGACCUGGAGAAGAAGGCCGCAGAGGUUCGCGAGCGUCGUUCCAAGCUUGCAGAGUUCCUGAAGGAAUUUGUCGACGGUGUUUUUGUACACCGCUAUCGCGACCUGGACCCGAACAUCCGCGCCGAGUGCGUACGCGCAAUGGGCCUCUGGUUCAACAAGUACCCCGCACACUUCCUCGAUGGCGCUUAUCUCCGUUACGUUGGCUGGGUUUUGUCGGACGCACACACGCAGGUCCGCCUCGAGGCUGUCCGCGCGCUCGCCCUUGCCUACGACCAAACCGCAUACAUCGGUGCCGCGGCGCUGCAGCACUUCACCGAACGUUUCAAGCCGCGCCUCGUCGAGAUGGCGGUGGGAGAUGUUGAGCUGGGUGUGCGCGUCGCUGUCGUGCAGGUGCUGCAGACGAUUGACGGGCAUGGGCUAUUGGAGGACGAGCAGCGGCAGCAGCUGUGCCUGUUGGUGUUUGACGAAGAGGCGAGGGUAAGGAGAGCUGUGAGCGGCUUCGUGAAGGGCGUGUGGGAGGAGACAGUGGAGGAGCGGUUGGUUGGGAGAAAGCCGUUGGACGCCGACAAGAGCCGUGCUGGCGUGAAGGCCCUCGGGAUGCUCCUCGUCAACUGGGGCCGUGCGCUGGACAAGUCUGCUGGCGAUGGCGACGGGGACGACGAGAGCGACCUGGGAGAGGGAACGUCGAAGCGUGUGCGCGCCAAGGAGGUCGCAUCACUCGUGGGCCACAACCCGAAGGGACGCACUGCGCUUGUGGUGGAGGCCCUAUGGGAUGAGGUCGAGCCAGUGCGCGACUGGGAGACUUUACUGGACGUGCUACUUCUCGAUCAUUCCGCGGCUGGUGAAGGGCGUCCGACUUCACGAUCUAAAGGCAAACAGACUGUAUCUGACGAGGCGGUCGACGAGGCGUAUCGGCUCGAGGAGGUCGAAGAAGCGGUCCUCCUCGAGAUGCUUGUCGCUACACUUCGGAAGACGCUGGCAGAUGCUGCUGCUGCUUCUGCAAAGAAGGGCGACGAGGACACGACGCUAUCUGAUGUCACACGAGCACUGAUCAAGGCGCUACCGAGGUUGUUUGUGAAGCAUCAGACAGACGAGAGCAGAAUCUCGGACGUCCUGCUCAUCCCUCAGCUAAUGAAUCUAGACAUGUACCUCGAGAUGCGGAUGAUGACGGCGUACUCGAGCCUGUGGGAAGACGUGACGAAGCAGUUCCUGUCGCACUCGUCCCCAGUCGUGCUUGCGAACGCGGUCGCGACGAUCCGGCGUUUGAUGGAGGCGACGAGCUUGUCGAAGACGAACAGUGCGAAGAUCCUAGAGCUUGAAGACGAGCUGUCGACAUCAUUGCGGGACGCCAUCGCGGGCCGCGACGAGAUCGAGGUCGCGUCCUUCACGGAGGACGAGGUACUUUCGCUGGGCGCGAUCUGUGCGCGCCUUGCUGCGUUGUCUGGGAUCCGGGAUAUGACGGCCUGGAUGGAGGAGGACGAGGGCGGCAAGCAGAGCAGCGCUUGGGACAUCGUGAGCGCACUUGCGGAGCGUGGCCGACUUGGUUACAAAGAAGAAGAAAUGAUGGUCGACCGUGCACUACAGCUUCUUACUCUUCACAUCAUGUGGAAAGCUCGGAGUCUCCCGGCUGCGGCGGAGCUGUCCCCUGACGAGAUUCAGUUCCGCGAUAAGCUCAAGGAAGAGCGGGAGUCGCUUCUCGAGAAGCUAGUCGAGUUCGCGGUCGGCACACAGUCGAACACGGUUGAAGGCGUGCGACGAGCGGCGUUCCAAGGGUUGCUAACUCUGCACAUCCUCUUCUGUGCGACGGAAACAACUGCAUCGGAUGGCAGUCGCUUACCUACUGCUGCUCUCCCACUGUCUCUUGAUGACGAAGUGCAACAACGCUGUGCGGACUUCGUUCAAUCAGAGAUUGAGCGCUAUGCCGAGGAGAUCUCUGAAGAGCAACCGGAAGAACACGGUAGUAGCGAAGAGGACGAUGAGGAAGAGGAAGAACCCGAGCCUGAAGAGCAGCCAAAAGGCAAGAAGGGCCGUAGUAAGGGUAAGGGCGGUGCGAAGCCCACCACGCCAGCUCCUCGCGCGACGACUCGUGCUCAGUUAGAGAAAGAGUACGUCUUUAUGGGCGUCGUCACCACCUUCCUGCGUGCCAUUCGUGCUGGGGUCAUCCACUUCCGCUAUGCCGCAACAAUCCUUGCGCACUAUGGUCGUCUCGGCCCGACUUUCGACCUCUGCACCAAAGUCAUUGUGGAAAUCUUGCGAGAGGAGGGUAUGUACAAGGAUAACGGCGAGGAGGUCGUUGCCAUAAUCUGCCGAGCACUCCAGGAGUCAUUCAUCUUGUACCUCGAGUCUAUGGUACACACAGCCGAUCAUGCGAUCGCCCUCGGAAAGGCUUUGUCUGCCUGCUUGCUGAUCCGUGGUGCUCAACUGGCUGUCGUCCGACGCCUGGACCCCAAGUACGUUGUCGAUAUACAUACCACGAGCUUGAACUGGGUUGGCAAGCGGCUCGCCGGCUAUGAGAACAUAAAGAACAAGAAGGCGAGAAACAAAUGCAUCUUGUUCUUCCGAGUGCUUCAGCCCCUCCUAUCCUCCAUUGACAAUCAGGACUCCCUCAAGAUUAAAGCGCAUCUGGACAACAUCAUUGCUCAGUCCAAGCUGGAGAUCUCCCCCACUUCGAAGCCAUGGGAGCCUUAUCGUGCUUACGAGAAGAAGCUCUCAUCGGCAUUGAUGAAGGAGAAAGGUCCUGGGCGUCGAGGGCGCAAGCGCAAGGACGCCAAGAGCGCUGAGUUCGUUACCACUGACGAGGAGGGCGGAGAGGCGAGCGAAGUGGAAGGAAUGAUGGUUAAUGGCGAUGCCGAGAAGCCCAGGCGACGAAACCCCAGCCGCCGUGCAGCGCAGAACGGCGGAGUAUCAGAGGGCGAACCUGGGAUCACGGAGGACGAGAACGACGGUGCCGCUCCCAUCACUACUCCCAAAGCGCGACCAAAACCGCGCCCCGUGCGUAAACGCGGCUCUUCUGCCAAGAGGGCUCGUGAGGAGUCACCUGCUCGCAAGCCAUCCCCUGCUCCUGCUCGACAGUCCAAGUCGCCGAGCGCUCUGUCGUCCGCCCGAGAGUCAGCACCUCCAGAAGCAGAAGAAUUGGAAGAGCCGGAAGAUCUCGAGGAGGAAUCACAAGACCCGGAGACCCCGAAGGCUUCUCGCAAGCGAGCACGCACCGAUGAUGAGGAGCAAGAUGAGGAAAUGCGGGACGCUACAACGAACGGCAUCAGCCAUGAUGAUGCUGCUGAAGAGGCGGAGGCGUCGCAGGAGACGCAGGCGUCCGAGCUGAAGAUCCGACGCAAGCGUGUUCGUCAUUGACACUGAUACCCUGGGACACGAGUGGUGGUGCCCUUAUGCUUAUUCCCUUCUAUUCAUGUGCUUCUUUUCUCCCUAGUCAUCCCGCCUUGGGGGUUCUAUCGUCUUGCUGUUUGUCAUGUUGUGCUGUCGCUGACUUCCGCUGCUGAAUGUACCACAUGAUAUGUAUUGGCAUUGUAGCUAUCGCGCUUUGCGCUCACCCAUAAUUCAGUGUCCUGC